UAAUUAUUCUAAAGAUGAAUGAUAUUCUUCACAAUUUUCAGACGCACAUUAUUUAAUCAAUCAUUAACAUCUGUGUAUAAAAGAUUAUAUUUCAUUAAAAUCAAUCGUUAUUAAAUUAAUAAACCACGAAAAUGAUUGCUUUUGCAGUAACUUUUUGUUUGCUGGUAAUAUCUGCACAGGGACAAAUUCCUGUUGAAAGAUGUCCAGAUGUAAAAGGAGUGGCAAAUUUCGACGGAUAUGCAUAUUUGGGUAACUGGUACGAACAAGGUAGAUAUCCAACUUUACUGGAAGAUCACGGAAGAUGUGUUGUUACCAAUAUUGCAGUAGGCCCUAUAAGUAGAACUAUAAGGAGUCGUACGCAAUAUAUCAAUUCAGAGACAAAUGAGACACACGUUCUAGAAGGAGAAGUACAACAAGGUUCAACAACUGGGGAAGGUCGAUUUCUAGUACAUUUCUUAAAUCCAGACGUAACUGUACCUUUCUAUGUUCUUGGUACAGACUAUGAAAAUUAUUCUGUAGGUUUCGUCUGUUUUGAACGUAAUGGUGUUUUUCUAGAGAGUCUUUUCCUUACAACAAGAACUCCAGUUCCAACACGAGAUGAGAUAGAUGCGAUUAUCCAAGUUCUUGACGACAACAAUAUUGAUCGUGAGCAAAUAAUCGAUACAGACCAAGAUGAUUGUACUUAUUAGAACGUUAUUAGAUUAAAAUAAAAUACGAGUAUAUUAUCUGA